UCGAAGGAAUAAUGUAGUACGUUAGUUCUACCUUAUUUUCUACUAAACUCAAUACUUUGGGGAGCAUACAGGAACAUGCUAUUAAUAUUUGUCUUUUUCUUACAGAUUGAAAUGGAAUUUUGUGGAGGUGGGACACUCUUCGAACUGAUCGAAAACCCUUUUAGUCAAAAUCUUUCCGAACAUUGCAUUGCUUAUGUAUGUCGGGAAGUCUUAAAGGGUCUGUCCCACCUGCAGAAAAAACAAAUAAUGCACCGAGACAUCAAGCCCCAUAAUAUUGUCAUAACCGAAGACGCCGGUAUACGUUUAAGUAAGAAAAAUGUAUCUAAUAUAUGAUAAUUAUAGGAUAUCAUUGUUUUUUUAUUAAUCUACUGCAGAUAGGUUUGUCACCUGGCAGUAUAUUAAACACCUUGCUUACAAUUAUUCUUGAUACCAUUGAUAUUAAUAGAUAACAAAUGUUCCAAUGGCAUGCAUUAUAUAUAUA